AUGGCGACGGGAGAUGUUGACUUGGGAGAGCUUUCUCCAAGCCAACAAGAUGCCCUGCAGCAGUACAUGCAGGUCACAGAUCAAGAGGUCAAAGACGCCAUACCACUCCUACAACGAUCACAAUGGAAUGUCCAGAUUGCCAUCGCGAAGUUCUUCGACGGCGAAGGGCCUGAUCCUCUAGCCGAGGCGUUGGCUCAACAAGAGCUCCCGCGGUCAUCUGCCAGACUCGAAAACUUGCAGGAGAGCAUGUACACAUCAGCGGCUCAGCCGCCGAGACGCAACCCAGCCGACAGACCCGAACCGGCACCAAGGAUCGUCCCCAUGCCCAACACAAUCCACAGGCCGCCGUUCCUCGUCGGACUCCUACUGACGCCCUUCAGCCUCGGGUGGGCUGUUGCCUCUCGACUCUUCCGCACUGUUUGGUACCUCUUCUCCUUCUUGCCGGCCUCAAUUCGACCGCGAGGGUUGACGAACGGAGCGGCACCCGGCCUUCGGAACACCACGGGCCGCCGAAUGCUGAUGCCCCAAGAUACGGCAGCCAGGUUCAAGCGCGAGUUUGACGAAGAGUACGGCAAUAGCGAGCUGCCGUGGUUCGAAGGAGGCAUCGCGCAAGCGCAAGAUUUGGCGAAGAAGGACCUUAAGUUCCUGUGGGUUGUGUUGAUGUCACCGGAGCACGACGAUACGGAAUCCUUCACGCGCGAGACGCUCCUGGCACCGGAGGUCAUCAGUUUCAUCCGGGACCCGGCCAACAACAUCAUUCUGUGGGGUGGCAACAUCCUCGACUCGGAGGCCUACCAAGUGGCGCAAGAGUACAACUGCACCAAAUACCCGUUUUCAGCGCUGGUCUGCCUGACGCCCAAAGAGGGCAGCACGAGGAUGAGCAUCGUGAAGCGCCUCGUCGGCGCGAUGCCGCCGACAGCCUACCUCUCUGAAGCGCAGAGCGCCAUCAACAAGUACACGGCAGACCUGGCGGGCGUGCGUGCCGAAAGGACGGCCAGGGAGGUGACGCAGAACCUGCGCCACGAGCAAGACUCGGCCUACGAGCGAUCUCUGGCCAAGGACCGAGAGAGGGCUCGGCAGCGACGCGAGGCGGAGAAGGCUGCGGCAGAGGCGGUGCAGAGGGCAGAGGAGGAGGCCGCGGCGGCUACGCGGCUCGCAGCGCAGCGUGAUCAGUGGAAGCGCUGGCGGGCGGCGAGGAUCGAGGCCGAGCCAGCCGCCGACGACAAGGAGGUGGUGCGCAUCGCGCUCAAGAUGCCCGAGUCGUCCGGCGCCGGGAGGAUCGUGAGACGGUUCCGCAAGGAUACGUCCCUCGAGGCCCUCUACGCGUUUGUCGAGUGCUACGACCUGCUACAGGGAGAGCUCGACGAGAAGGCCGAGGAACCGGCGGACUACAUGCACAAGUUCGGCUUCAGCAUUGCAUCGAUCAUGCCGAGGGUGGUGUACGAAGCCAGCGAGGACACGACCAUGGGAGAGAAGAUAGGGCGGUCGGGCAAUCUCAUCGUGGAGGACGUCACCCCGCAUGUCGACGAGUCAGAUGAGCACCCACCGACCGGCAUCCCGAGACCUGGGACCUGCAUCUACAACUGCCUCGCCUCAGCCGCCAUCGACCUGCAGCUGCGCGUCUUCCCCAACGAACCAGAGCCGUAUCCCCCGACCCAUCCGCGUCAUCCACCACCCCGCCGAGGCCCGGAUCUGAAGCGGCCUGCGCCCACCCGAAAACCUCACCUCAACCUUGGCUCUGUGGUCGCAAUCAUGAAAUCCGUCAAGAAGGGUCUCAGCGUCAACCGCAUAGUUGGCACCCUCAAGCGGAGGACGGGAACAAGCUCGGCAGCCAACAACAGCAACAGCAACAACACCGGCAGUGGCAGCGGGCCUUCCAACGAGGCACCGACAACCCAGGGACUCGCCAUCGCAGAUGAUCUACAAGAAGACAGCCCCGAAGGAAUUGCUGUUCGCAAUGUGAAAGCGUUCUGCGAGUCUGGAGGCCCAAACAGACAGGCGUGCCACCAGGGAGACGAGGUUCUCUUCCUCCCGCCCAUUGUCGAUGCCGCCGAAUCCUCUCCGACCGCCGCGACGCAAUGCGCCCGCUACAUCCGCAAGUAUCUGACGGACAAGUACUCACCAAAGGCCUCCUGGCAGUACAACGCCGUCAUGCUGAUCCGCAUCCUGGCCGACAACCCUGGUCGCAGCUUCACCCGUAACUUCGACUUUAAGUUCUGCAACGUCGUCAAGGAUGUGCUGAGAAACGGCCGCGACCCGAGCGUGCGCCAGAUCCUCAUGGAGACCUUGGACGAUUUCGAGCAGACGAGGGCCAACGAUGAGGGCGUCAAGGACUUGGUCUACAUGUGGAAGAAGGAGAAGGAGCGCGCCUUCCAGCGCGGCGAGAGAAACUUCAGGUAUCCCCAAGGCGCGCAUUCUGCCCCGCAGAUGACGGCAUCACAGUACAACCAAGGCGGUCACAACUCCAACUACUUUGCGAGGAGUCACUCGAACAGGAGGCUGCCAGGCCCGGCUGAGCUCGCGAGCCGCCUCGAGGAAGCCCGGAGUUCCGCCAAGCUCCUUUCGCAAGUCGUCAACAACACCCCGCCACAGGAACUUCUCAACAACGACCUCGUCAAGGAGUUUGCCGACCGCUGCCAGAGCGCGACGCGCAGCAUACAGCUCUACAUGCUCGCCGAGGACCCCGCUCCUGACAACGACACGAUGGAGAGCCUGAUCGACGCCAACGAGCAGCUUCAGACUGCCCUCAACCAACACCAACGAGGCGUCCUCAACGCGCGGAAGCAGCUCGGCCUCAACAGCACCCCGAGCCACAACCAGCAGAACACGUUCUCGGCCGAGAUGACCAACGGCCAGCCACCCGUUCUCCCCCUCGACACCCGUCCUCCACAGCAUGAGCAGCAGUGGCUGCCCUCUCAACCGACCUCGGCGCCUCAGCAGCCAUCUCGCAAACCCGUCGGCGGCACCAACGAGAACAGCCACGGCGACUUUGCGCCACCGGCGGGCCCCCCGCCCGGUCUGCCACCGAAGGACCGAACGCUUGAGUCUGGUGGUGGCGGUGACCCUUUCCAGGACCCCGCGCCCGCGCCUCUGCGCGGCGCGCCGCCAGUCCCGGGCUUCAAUCCGACGCAGAGCUACGUCGGCCGGCAGGACAGCGCCGUCGGACACACGACGAUGCAUGGCGCGCAGGGCAGCCGGAACACGCGGGAUGACGAUGACAUCUACGACUCGAGGUAA